AUGAAGUGCUCGGACCGGCUGCGGCUGAUUGUGGAGAUCGUUUCGGUGGGUCUCCCAUCUUUUAUCGAUGAAGUCUUGACAUCAGCUGACCGUCAUUGCACGUCUCAGGAAUACGCCAUCGUUGCCUUAGACAUCGCGAAGGGUGAGAGAAUCAAAGCGAUUGCGGACGAUCCGUUGGCGUGCCUAAAGGUUAAGAUCAGAUGCCAAGGUUCCAACGCAAACAAGGCCAAUAAGAAGAUGGAGGAAGCGGACAGGAAGGUAGCUGAAGCACAGUACCUUGCUGAACAACGACAGACAAGCGUAAAGGAGAAAUCUCUGGAGGGGCAAGCUGAUCAGGAUUUCGCCAUCAUUUGCAACCCAGACUUUGAUCACUUCUCGCUUCCCGCCGCCCCGAAUGCACCGCUAGGGUUCUAUGAUGCUCAAGCCGGGGCUUUUGCACGCUGGAAUGCCAAACUUCGGCGGCAAGGCAAGAGUACGACAAGCCGGGGAGAUACGCCGGGUGGGAGACAGAAUUCGGAUGGAGGCCAUCUCAUACAGACAGGUGCACAGCCGUCAGCUAGAACCCUGCCGCCGCCACCAGGUGGAUGGUACGGGAGCCAAACCAGCGCCACAGCGUUCCGGCCUGCGGCAGAGCCUAGGAUAGGAGGUCCGUUAGCUUCCGCCAACUUUGGUGUGCUAAGUGUGGGAAAUUCAUCAUUUUCCGACCGGUCUCAGAGACUUCAGCUUCUCCCGCCUAUCAACAGCCGGGACGAUCUCGGAAACAUGGCCGUGGAGGCUACUGCUCAUCGAUACGUUCCAAACGAUUCCAGGGGCUGCUCCAACGAGUCUGUCUUGGGCGACAGGCCUUCAUUUCCGGUGAGUCCUGACAGGAGCCGUGCCUCGAGGAAUGACCAUCAAGGCACUGUCGGUACUCAUCAACUCCUUAUCAGCCCGACACAUUCUGGACGCCCUGCGCACUUCCAACAGUCUACGCAGGAAGUCCCCCUCAUCGGUAAAGCCUUGCCUCAAGCCACGCAACACGCUCUAUCCGGCAGUGAGGGACAGACUGCGGCGGGCGCCAGCUCGCAGGCCGAGCAGAGCACUACAGGGCUUCCGGUCGCUCAGGGAUAUGCAGAGCUCACCACACCAAUUCCGGCAGAACAAGGCAGGCCCAAGCGAAAGAGGGAGCUUGGUGAGUCCUCGAACGAGCGGAACGGCGGAUCUACUAGGCAGCGAACCAGCACACUGCGUGCCAGUCCUCCGACCGAUGUUACUGAUCGUGGGUAG